AUGCGUUUCACUGCCGUCAUCGUCGCCACCCUCGCCACCAUGGCCAUGGCCUCGCCUGUGGCCGACCUCGACGAGAGAGCUCCCGUCAAUGUUCUCUGCUCCUGCGCCGCUACUCAAUCUUGCGGCUGCAACUCCGUGAUCGCAGGCUCCUGGUGUGUUUGCAACGGCGACACCAAGGGUACCUGGAACGCCGCUCCUUGCCAGGACAGCACCUCCUGCGGAUGCUCCGGCUUGGGCAAGUGGGGUGUCUGCGAGAAGGUCUAA